AAGCUCAGUGAGAGAGGAUUGAAGUUAUCAGCAAAGAUAGUCUACGCCAUUCUCACUAGAAGCAUCGUUUCUGUCAAGGAGAAUGAAGCCUGGUUCCAUUUCGGUGCGCAGCCAAUGAGGUUCUCUAUAAGAGAAUUUCAUAUGAUGACAGGCUUGAAAUGUAGUGGUGCAUUAGAAGGACCACGAAGGGAAACCGAGAGAUUUAAUUGGGAAUUGCUAAAGGGGCGUAGUCAUAAGUUAAGUGACGUGGUGGACCAGCUCAGAAACACAAGAGAAGAUGCUUCUGAGGAGAGAGUAUGCCUCGCAAUGCUCAUCCUGGUAGAGAGCAUAUUAUUGCGGAAGAGCAAAGGAGGGAGUUUUCCUUUGGAAUAUGCGAAAAAUGCACAGGAUAUGACAUAUCCAUGGGGAAAAGAGGCUUACAUUGUGCUCCUGAAGUCAAUUCAAAACGCUGUCGCGAAUCAUUUGGAGAAUAAAUCCAAAUUUGAGUUGCAAGGUUAUCCUCUAGUAUUCCUUCUUUGGAUACUAGAGUCGAUUCCUUUGCUAAGGAAUAAGUUCAGUAAGUGUGUACCAACAGUUGAGGUUCCUGGGCCGACUUACUUGUGUGAAAAAUACACUGAGAUAGAGAAUCCAUCACUUGAUAGGGUUUUACAGGUUGAAGCUGAUACAAAGGUAAGCUUUUCCAAGUAUAUGUUUCUCAGUUUAUUUGGCUUCUUCUUUUUAAUAUGUUUCUCAUUGGUCUUUUUUUGAAAUAUUCUCAGCUGAAGGUCCAUUGCAUACUACCUUCUAUUCCUCAUGAUCCAGAAGAUGAUAUCUCCAUUGAAGACAAAUAUAGUGACGAGUUGGAAACAGUGAAAGAUGUAACAAAGAAAGGGUACAAGAUUACAGCCGAUGACUGGGAAAAUAGGUGUGUAGACACAUUUGACACAUUGGAUGCUCUUAUUCAAAUGAUGGCAAAUAAGGAGACUGGCCAAGCUUCUACUCCGAUUGAUGAGGAUUCAGUAAAUGAAAAAGUGAACAGGAUCAUCACGGUAAUGGAGGAGAAUCUGAAGAGCAUGAAGGAUCGAAUGUCAUUACUGGAAGAAGAAAACAUACAUCUUAGAGCUCGUGUGUCAGAGUUGGAAGGAAACAACAAUGUUUUUCCCACUAACGUGACACAAAAGGUAAAUUCUCAAAACAUCUUCUUUUACAUUUGCAUUUUCAAGUAUUUUUUGGAAGAUCUUGUACAUAUUCUUGAAUGCCUUCCUAAUAUUUGACAAACAGCGAUCCAGUGGGACACCUUUAUCUCCAAUGUCUCACACGCAACCAUCCAGUGGGACACCUUUAUCUCCAAUGUCUCACACGCAACCAUCGAGUGAGACACCUUUAUCUCCAAUGUCUCAACAGCCUAAUUUGACACAUGAGGUAUGUAACCAAUAAAUAUUGUUGAGUUUUGAAGUAAUAUUUGGAAAGCUUUUGUACUUCUUGAAUGCAUUCCUGAUUUUUGCAGGAGACAAUGAUUGAAUCAGCUGCAUCUCCAAAGUCUCAACAAAAUGAGGUAUAUGCUCAAAAAUUUUUAAGAAAAUAUUUGGAAAUUCUUGUACAAAAUCCUGAAUGCCUUCCUGAUUUUUGCAGGAUUACACGCAAUCAUCGAGUGAGACGCCUUUAUCUCCAAUGUCUCAACAGCCUAAUUUGACAAAUGAGGUAUGUAACCAAUAAAAUAUUGUUGAGUUUUGAAGUAAUAUUUGGAAGCUUUUGUACAUAUUCUAGAAUGCAUUCUUGAUUUUUGCAGGACACAAUGAAUGAAUCAGAUGAUGAAACUCCUGCCCUUGAUACUCAAGUAUUCUCUCCUAAUCUGACAAAAGAGAGGGAAACACAAACCUCUACUGAUGAAACGCCACCCAAAACUAAUCAAGGAGAAGGAAAACCAGAUGAUGAGAUUGUGAUUGAGUCACCUGCUGCUCAGACUCAAGUUUUGCAAAAAGAAACACUGGAAAUGAAUGAGACACCUUCUUCUCCAAUAUCUCCAAAGAGUAUUGAGGCUCAAGUUUUUACUCCAAUUCAGAAACAGCAGACGGUAACAGAGGAAACGUAUGAGGCUACACAGCCAUUGACUGAGAUCAUUUCAGCAAACAAUAAAAAGGAGGAUACACAUGCUGUGCAUUACAGACCUUCCUCUCCAUUGUCUUCACUAAUUGCACUAGUUAUUGAAGAAAAUAAGAAUGCUUUGAGUGAGACAGAAACUGCGACCCAAUAUUUUUCUACAAGUGAAGGAGAGCAUUCACAAUCAAGCAGGAAGAAUCAAGAAGAAGAAUAUCUCAAGGAUACUACAGAAGCUACUACUGAGCUAGUUUCCACAGAUGUUUCGAAGACACAGCCUCUUACUCCGCAAACACAGCACCUUCAGACAAGUGAGGGAGAUCAAUCCGAUGAGACACCAUCAGAGCAGAAUCAAGCAGAAGAAAAUCUCAAGGAUACUACAGAACCUACUACUGAGCUAGUUUCCACAUAUGUUUCGAAGAUGCCGCCUAUUACUCAGCAAACAGAGCAUCUUCAGACAAGUGCUAUAGAUUUUUCAGAAAAAAACGAGGUUGAAGUAAGCAGGCUUCUAGCUCACUUUCAAAUAGGCGCAGAGGUUGAGAUUUUGUCUACUGAUGACGAAAUAUGGUAUCCAGGAAAGGUUGUUGAUCUUAAACUGUGUGAAGGACUAGAGGAGCUGACAGUUGAGUACACGACACUCUUCACAGACCAACAUAGACUUCAGAAACUUCAGGAUACUAUCACGGCUGACAAAAUACGUCCUGCAACACCAACUAGUGACCAAAAAUCCUUUGAGAUGAUGGAUAAGGUAGAAGCCUUCUACAACAAUGGCUGGAGCAGCGGACAAAUUAGCAUGGUACUUGGUGAUAACACAUACUCGGUGUGUCUCUAUACUUCUAUGGAAACUAUUCUAUUCAAACAUUCAGAUUUGCGAAUUCAUAGAGAAUGGAAAGAUGGAGUCUGGAAGAUGGCAGAUAAGGUGAAGCCUGAUAAGAAAAGGAAAGCUGCUGCCUCAUCACAAAAUUCAGGAAUGGAUAAUGUUUUCCUAAGAAGGAGCGAGAGGGUGCCUAAACGAUCUAGAGACACAAAAACUCCAUUCAAGUCUGACAGAAAUCCGGCUUUAACUGUAAUACCUGAGAUUAUACCUGCAGUUGAUCCGUUUUCAACUCCUGCGGAACAUAAGCUUUCAAGGCUUCAAAAUUGGAUGACAUUAAAGCCCGGCAUGCAUGAAACGUCCCUAUCAAUCAAUGAUAAUAAGAUAAGGAAAUCUUUCUUUCAAAGCAUGGAAAAUGCAAAAAAGGACCUUAAGAAAGAGCACAUUGAUGGAGCCUUUGCAAUGCUAAAUUGCAGAAGAAAUGAGAAUGCUGCUUGGUUCCACAACUACAAGAUUCCAAAGGCGUGCUUCCUACCUAUGGAGUUCUUGCAUUGCUUGCUCUCUGAUGAUUUGGCUUACAAGAAAGAAAAGGUCAAAGGUAAAAAGAUUUUCAACGAUUUAUUUAAAGAUACUGUGAGAGGGAAGGUAUAUCCAGAGAAGACAUGGGGAGAAGAUGUUGAUGUUGUGUAUGGGAUUACUCUUGGAAAAAAAAGCAAUGUCUGGAUUGGGAUGGAAAUUCAUUUGAAGAAGAAAAGAAUCACAGUAUAUGAUUGUUUUCAAAAGGAAAGCAACAGCAUUGAUAUUCCUCAAGUGAAAAAGUUGGCAGUGUUGAUUUCUAAUCUGCUGGUGGAAUCUUCUGGUGAUGAGGUAGAUAAGGUGAAGAUGAUUCCAUUUGAGAUUGAGCAGGCACAAGGUUUACCCAAGACAAAACAUCCUUUCAACUGUGGGAUAUUUCUUGUCAAGAUUCUGGAGUGCCAGUCAUUGAAGAUAGGAGACAUGACAAAGAUUAAUGAUGACAAUGCAUUGGAGCUAAGGAGAACCUUGUCUUGUGAGAUCUUCAACCAAUUUGUGGAUGAGAGCUUUGGGAAAUGAGAAUGAUGCAUGAAAACAUUUUUUGUUUUAGUUAAGACUCGGUUUUAGUUAUGACUGUUUAUUUUGUUAUGUUGUUGGCGUCUGGUUACAUAAGAAAGAUUGGAAGGAUAUCAAGUAUUUUAUUUGGGUAUCAUA